AUGGCCCCAUCCAACAGCAGCUUCCCCGAUAGCUUUAUCCUGAGGGGAGUGUCUGGCCACCCUGAGCUGGAAAUGGUCUUUUUCAUCGUCAUCCUCUUCUCCUACAUGCUAACCUUGGUCGGGAACUUGACCAUCAUCCUGGUCUCCCGCCUAGAUUCCCGGCUGCAUACUCCCAUGUAUUUCUUCCUCAGCAACCUCUCCUCCCUGGACCUGGCCUUUACGACCAGCUCUGUCCCCCAAAUGCUGGUCAACCUAGCAGGGCCAGACAAGACCAUCAGCUAUGGUGGCUGUGUGACCCAGCUUUAUGUCUUCCUCUGGCUCGGGGCCACUGAGUGCAUCCUGCUGGUAGUGAUGUCUUUCGACCGCUAUGUGGCUGUUUGCCGUCCCUUGCACUACACCACCAUCAUGAACCCUCGACUCUGCUGGCUGCUGGCCAUUGUAGCCUGGGCGGGUGGACUGGGAAACUCCCUGAUUCAGUCCACGUUCACGCUGCAGCUCCCCCUGUGUGGGCACCGGAUGGUGGACAACUUCCUGUGUGAGGUGCCUGCCAUGAUCAAACUGGCCUGUGGGGACACCAGUCUCAAUGAAGCUGUGCUCAAUGGUGUCUGCACCUUCUUCACUGCUGUCCCACUCAGCAUCAUCCUGGUCUCCUACUGCUACAUUGCGAGGGCAGUGCUGAAGAUUGGCUCAGCCGAGGGCCGAAAGAAGGCCUUCAACACCUGCCUCUCACACCUUCUGGUGGUCUUCCUCUUUUAUGGUUCAGCCAUCUAUGGCUAUCUGCUUCCUGCCAAGAGCAGCAACCAGGACCAGGGAAAAUUCAUUUCCCUCUUCUACUCUGUAGUCACACCCAUGGUCAACCCCCUCAUCUACACUCUGAGGAACAAGGAGGUGAAGGGGGCUCUGAGGAGACUGCUGGGGAAGGGGAGGGAAGUGAGCUGA